AUGGCCGAACGUCGUGCAUUCGCCGGCGGCCCCGUCGUUGCCCUGCUGGUCGCCGCCUUUCUCGCCUUCCUCCUCGGCCCGGCCAUCCAGCGGACGGCGGUGGUGUUUGGCAUCUUCCGCCGCUUCGCCAACUCGACCAUCGCCGACGACGGCAGCUUCACCGUCCUCGGCGACACGAGGCACUGCGAGGACCUCCACUACCACGAACCCAGCGGCCUGCUCUUCACCGCCUGCGAGAGCGAGUCGGGCGGCGUGUCGAGGCACUCCUGGUUCCCGCCCCUGUGCCUCUUCGACGACGCCAAGGCGGCCUCGACGUCCCGCGGGUCCUUCAAGGUCAUCGAUCCCAAGACCAUGCACGUCAAGUCGCUGCCGCUGCAGAACUUCGACAAGCCCUUCGUCACGCACGGCAUCGACGUCCUUGAAGACUCGGACCGGCCCCUCGGCGAGGCCGUCUGGAUCUUCGCCGUCAACCACGUGCCCAACGACGAGCACUACGCCAAGCACGUCGAGGGCGCGCCCAAGAGCCGUUCGGUCGUCGAGGUCUUCCACUACCUCAUCGGCACCGACUCGGUCCGCCACAUCCGCACCGUCUCGCACUCGCUCAUCACGACGCCCAACGACAUCCUCGCGCUGACGCCGACGUCCUUCUUCGUCACCAACGACCACCACUACAGGGAAGGCUUCAUGAGGCGCGUCGAGGACAUGUUCUGGGGCGCCAAGUGGUCCAACACCGUCUACGUCCAGUACGAGGGCGCCGGCUCGUCCGACGACGAGGGCGUCGGCGCCUCCAUCGCCCUCGAGGGCCUCCACAACAACAACGGCAUCGGCCGCGGCCGCGGUCCUCAGGAGGUGGCCGUCAUCGGCUGCUGCAGCGGCCUGAUGCACGUCGGCACCAUCGACAGGCACACUAUCCGCGUGAGCGAGUCGGUCGAGUUCGACUCCAUGGUCGACAACCCGAGCUACUUCCGUGACCCGUACGCCAACGCCACCUACGACGCCAGCGGCUUCGUCCUCUGCGGCCUGUCGAGGGCCGUCGAUCUGCUCGCCCACAGCCGAGAUGGCGUCGCCAAGGACGGCGUCAUGGUGUGGAAGGCGUCGUCGACGGGAGGCCACGAGUGGAACAAGACGCUCCUGUUCGAGGAUGACGGCAGCAGGAUUCGCACCGGCAGCAGCGCCGUCCUCGUCGCCCUGGACCCUGCCGACGAGGGCGGCCUCCGCCGGGGGCGCCUCUUCGUCACCGGCUUCAUGUCGAGGAACAUGAUUGCCGUCGACAUUGACCUGUAG